AUGGCCCGAAGGCGCGCUGCCGUGGCUCUCCUUCUAGUCCUUGGACUUUCAACUCGUUUGGCUUUCAUCCCGAAGGUGACUACAGCUGCCACAGGAAGUCUCGUGUCACUGCUGGGUGUGCCGGCAGCCUGGGCGGUGACAGAAGGUUUCGAGGACUACAACAAGUUGGCUGUGAAGGCUGCCAAGCCGAUCAUUGAGACGCCGCCCAAACCCGCAGGGGAAGCUCCAAAUGAUGCUGUCCAAGUGAUAGGUGGUGCCGGAGUUCUCAUCGUCGUUGCGCUUUACCUGUUCGCAGCUACCGUUUUUUCUGGCGGCAAUCGAGACAACAACACGCGGGAUGGAAAGCGAAUUUAA